AUGGGUAAACGCAAAUCCAAACGAAAGCCUCCGCCAAAAGUUAAAAAUAUUGUUGCUUUGGAUACUCAGUUCAACUGUCCUUUCUGUAAUCACGAGAAGGUGUGCGAAGUUAAAAUGGAUCGUGAACGUAAUGUUGGCUUCAUUCAGUGUCGUGUUUGCAUGGAGGAUUUUCAGUCGAACAUAACUUCUCUUACUGAGCCGAUUGAUGUGUACAGUGAUUGGAUCGAUGCGUGUGAAAUGGCAAAUCAGUAA